GCUUGACGUUCGGAAAAAUCAACACAGUAGGAUUGAUGCAGACUUAGUCAAUAAAAGACUGUUUGCAGUAUGCUUUAUUGACAUGUAUUAUAGAUAUGUCUCCGAGCGUCUUCACGCCGCCUGCACACGACACGUACUACACGUAACAGUUGCAUGUAACACACCCAUAGGCGCACAGUACAGAAAAAGUUCUUCAUUCAAAAUGGCGUACCUACGUACCGUGUGCACCGGAAUUCUCUUUCUCGCCAUCCUGACAAACUUUCUUGCGAUCACGGUCGCGAGCUUGACCAGGGAAUCGAGGGAAAUACACGAUCACGACAAUGAUGAUGACUACGUGGAAAUUGGAAAUUAUCUUUUGGAGGUUGAGCUGGCAGGCAUGAGAGAGGAAUUCGAUUUUUUUAACAACCCGGAACAGAAUGUAACGUUUGAUCAAGUUGUUAGUUUGGUCGAAAUAGUUUUCGGACGAAUCGAUUGUGAGCAACGGGUCGAUAACUGUUCUAAGUGUCAACAUGACUUCACAUCUGACGUCUUUUCCAGCCUCGAUAUCGACGUUGCCGACGGACUCGAUGACGUCGAGUUUCUCCGUGCUAGUCCCUUAUUCCUCUUCGGAGCGUACGAGAUGGUGGCGGUAUGCCAGGCCGGUCGUGGCGGCACUAAUUCUAUUAUGGAGAAUUAA